AUGACAGCAUGGCAGACCACAUACAAUAUCUCCGAGCCAUCAUUUCUGAGCACCUACGAGACGUUCGUUACUGAGCUCCGUGUCUUCUAUCCCACUCAACCGUUCUUCAUCUUCACUCCCUGGGGAUGGCCAGCGGCCGACGGUACCGUCAGCUACUACUACACCUCGCCUUCCCCAUACGCCCAACUCGUCCAGAACCGGAAUGACAUGGGCGACUACAACAUCUUCCUCGUGAACACGACCGGAUGGGUAUCCUGGGCUGAUGUUUUCCCGACGAAUCAGCAUCCCACCGAGGAAGGACACGUCAAAGUUGCGGCUCAGUUCACAACCUGGCUGACGGAAUGGGGCUUGUCACCCCUCUCAUCAGGCAUCGUUGAUCUUCACCUCUUGAUCGUCAUGUUUGUCACCGUCAUCGCAGCCUCGAUCGCACUCACGUUCACCCGCAUGGUCCUUGCCCAGGCCGGCGUGUCGUGCAUCACGUACGGCGCCACGUCUUGUCCUUAUGCAGGGGCUACAACAACCGACCUUCUGAACCUCAUAUCCGAAUUCUGCGGUGACAAUGGUGGCUGGCCCUAUUACCAAUAUACCGGAGAGCUCGAUAUCUCGUUCCCGUACCAGGGCUAUUAUUCGGUCACGAGCAAUGGCCCGGGAUACUUCGAUCAAGACACUUGCAACACUGCGCUGAACCACAUCGUCACCGAAUGUGACUCGCCCGGCACCUUCUGGGUGCAAGGCGAGUACCAAGACCCUGCUACCGGCAUAUGGUUCUCAGUCAUUCCUUGCCAGUUGGCUUAGGGUCUGCGCUGGAUGUUUUGUAACGGAGCGCCCAAGUAGUUAAGAACUCAAGCGCACUGCGCUUGUCAGCGUCGUUUCGCGAGAUCAGCGCGAUCGAGUCCAAU